AUGAAAAAUAACUACUUGGAAUAUGAUAUUAAAAGAUGGGAUAGUAUAAAGGAAGAAUAUAAAAAGUACAGAGAAAAUAUACUAAGUAAUAAUAAAGAAAAAUACUUAGAAUUUGAAUUGUCUAUACCUCAAUAUGCUGAAAAUGUACGAAAAAUUAGUGAAAAGAUAGGGAAUCAUAAGAAAAUGUUAAGGAAUGAGGACACAAAUUUACAAAAUCUAACUAUGGAGGAAACGUUUAAAAAAGAGGAGUAUGAUCGGAUGGAAAUACUUAAUAAUGAAGAAGAGAAGCUAAUUGAAGAGUUAACGGAAAAGUACGAACAAUUAGAAAACGAAAUAAAUAUGGUUAAAUUAUCAACAGUUGCAUAUGAAUCAAGCUGUAGGGUACAUGAGAAGAUGUUACAUGAAAAGGAGGUAAGCUUAAAGGAGUUAGAAGAUAGCAUAAAGUGUAUUGUUGAUUUAGUUUCAGAGGAAGGUUCAGCAAUUCUACUUUUAACGUCUAAUUGUACCAGACUAGAAGAGCUAAGGCAGUCAAUGAUUAGGGAUUUUGGUAUAGAAGAGAAGAAAUUAAUUAAAAAACAGAAACAAAAGAUGAACCAAUUAGAAAAGUGUAAUAUUAGAAUAGAGAAUAACAUUAAAAAGAUAGGAAGAUUAAAAAUACAAAGAGAAAAGUAUGAAACAAGAAGGAGACAAUUAAAUUCAAUAGUCAGUGAAAUAUGUGAGAAUAUUGAAGAAGAAAGUAAAAGAUUACAAGAGAUUUACAAUUCAAUAAAUUUGGUCAAUUCAAAUAUAAACAGUGAGAAGGAGAAUAUCAAAGAAUUAACGAAGUGUUUAGAAAUUGAAGAUCAAACUAAUAGUAGAUUGUUAUUUACUAGUCAAAAUAUUGGAGUAAUAAUUGAUAACUAUUCUAAUAGAAAUGAUAACUUAAAUAAAAAUGGUAAUUUUAAUAGUUUGGAAAAUUUAAUUGAAGCAAUAUCAGCCAGGAGAAUGCAACUUGAUUUUAGGAAGAGGGAGCUGUCUGAAGAAUAUGAAAAUAUAAUAUUGAAGAUUAAUAAAAUUACUGAAGAUGGAAAAAAUAAAUUGGAUGAAAAAUAUAGAGUUCAUGAGAAAAUUGCAAAUGCUAAGCAAAUCAAUUAUAAUUUACUAGAGAAACAGAGAAACCUAAGCAAUUUAGAAGAGAAAUUACAGCAUCAAAAGAAUGUAAUGGACAACUUAAAAGUCAAAUAUGAUAUGAUUUUAAAUAAAGGAGGAAGCUGUAAAAGGUAA